AUGGAGCAAUCGGCUCAAACCCCCAUGCAAGGCUUGUCCGGGAGCAACCACGGCUCAAUCCCUCCUGAAUUCUGGAAUACCCUCGACCCCUCGUAUCCCGAUCCCGACCAGCAGCUUCAGCAACCUACACUGCAGCAUGAGCUUGGUUCAAAUCAACCACCGCUUGGUAUUGAUUGGGACCAUCCCGUGUUCCAGCAACAACAGAGAGAGCUUGCCCCGCGACCGGACCCAAGUCAUGGAAUCUAUUCCUCCCUUCACCAACCAUGGCAGCAAAGCACCCUGCAGCAACCGUCGCAACGAGGCUAUGGAGCAUCUCAAUAUCAGAUUCCCUCCUCGCAGUUUCAACAAGGACAGAUCAACUUCGACUCUCGUCCGUUGAAUGCAUCCGAGUCCUCAGCAUUUCCUCAGUACUCCUACCCGACGAACUACUUCCCACAGCAACAAAACCUCCCCGAUUCCUUCCCCGAACAACACACACAACAGCGGUUGCAGCCAGGACCCCAACAACACUCACGACCAUCGAUGACUUCAUAUCCACUGCCCCAGGGUUACUCUUCAGGAAUGCUGCAGAAUACCAUUGACUUGACCAACGACUACCCUGAUUCGGAUCCAAACGUUACCAUCAACCCCCAGUUUCUGGAUUCCCCACAGUCCUUUGGUCAACAGCAACCGUUGCAGAGCAAUUUCAUUCAAGGAAUCCCACAGGACUUCCAAAGGCCGGGAGGUCAACCCCUAUUUGAUUAUUAUCAAAAUGGUAUUCAAGUUCAGCCCCAGAUUCCAUCGGCUGGCAACCCAGCGCAGAUGGCCGCAGGUCUGCAAGUACCACAGGUUGUGGUGAACACUAAGAAGCCUGCUCCCAAAAAGCAAGUGAAAAAGGCUAUCGCCAAAAUUGCCAAAGCAGCAAAGCAAACUUCUUCUAGGUCCGAAAGUGAUAGUUCAGAUGAAUCGGAACUUGAGAUCGAAGCCCCCGACGAGCCGUCACCCAUCCCUCCGAUUCGUCCAACCGAACCCGAAGAGGCCGCGCAGUAUGAUACUCUUCAAGCUGUGUGGUCACCACGGAACAAAUGGCCAGGUCCCGAAAAGGUCAAAACGGCUCUGGUAGCAUACAAAGACCUCAUCAAAACACUAAGAGACGCCUGGAAGGAGCAAGUUCAGGCCAUGAAAGUGGCUGAAAACCAAGGCGACAACACCAAAGCAGCCAAGAUCAAAGACCAAGUUACCGUGCAACGUCGCACCAUGGAUAAGGUUGCCACCACUACGUUGGAGAUGGGCCAUCCCAAUAUUGUCGAGAACUUGUCCGAAGACUUGAUGGCAAAAACAAAUCUAUCCAAGUUACUGCCUAAGCUUAUCAAAAAGGGUGGUCAGCAGGUGAAAGAUCUUACACAAAAGAUUUUGGAUAACGCUGCCGCUUCCACCAAGCGCAAGCUGGAGAACGAUAAGAACUCAAAGGAAGACCUGCCAGCUAAGGGUGCCCCGGCAGAUAGCACUGGCUUGAAACGAGCUCGUGACAUGGAUAGCGGUUUGCAAUCUGGACCGAAGCGAAUGGCGGUCACCAGCAACCUCAAGGAUGCCGCCAAAGCUGCACCUGGGUCGACCAAGGGAGCUCAAAUGAACAAGCUCCCUGGUGCUGCAGCCCUGCGGCCCAAACCCAACGUUGUUGCCCCCAAACCGUCAAGUCUUUUCGGUACCCUAAGCUCGGCAUCUAAAAGACCCGGGACCACAAAUGCAGAGCGGGCUGCUGCCGCCGCAGCCGCAAAACCAAGUGCCACCGGCGAAAAGGAAAAGGCCCCCGCGCCUAAGCCAUCUUUCUCCUUUGGAGAUAUCAUGGCUGACCUGAACAAGCCGAAGGAAGCUCCCUCUCCUAAACCCACUGAAGAACACCCCCCAGAGACCGAAGAGCAACGCGCAAAGCGAUUACGCAAGGAAGAGCGCCGCAAGCUUCGCGUGACUUGGAAGCCCGAUGACAAUCUAACGGAAGUUCGACUCUUCACUCAUGACCCCGACGAAGAAUUGGGACCUGGCGAUGGCUCAAUGCGCAGCUUAGGAGACGUCAAGGGUGAAGGUAGCGUUCUCAAGCUGCACAAGGAUAUGGAAGAGCUUGAAGAAGAAGACAUGGGUGGUAUCCGCGAAACCGUCUUCUCCGACGAAUACAAUCUCUCGACGAUCGAACACGACUUUGAGAAACCCAUGGACGGCAAUUUCAUCAAGCGUGGAGGCCCACUGCCUCCUGCAAGCCCAGAAAAAGAAGCCCAAGACCACCGAGAGGCCACCACACUCAUGGUUUUCUACACAUCCCCUGCCGAUAUGCCCGAUACACCCAAGGAACCGCCAAGUCCUGACUCCGACGAAGUGGUCUCGGAUGUGGUGCCAUUUGGCGAGUUACCCGAUUUCGUCCGGGCUCGACAAGAACGCGUCUAUGCCCACCAAAAUCCUAAACCGACGCCUACUCAACAGCCGCAGCAACCCAACACAGGAAACAAUGGAUUUGACAUCUCCAACCUGCUGAAGAUUAUUCAGGGCGGUGCGGCGGCCCAGCAGCCAGCUCCGGUGCCGCCGCCACAGCCCGCCCAGCCAGACAUCGAAAACACGAUCAACAUGUUCCGGCAGCAACAGACCCAGACUCAACCUCAAAUGCCAGUGGCUCCUACCCCACAGGCGCCACCAGCUGCUACACCCCAGACCCAAAGCAUUGAUUUCAAUGCAAUUCUGAAUGUCAUGAAACAAAUGCAAGGACCGACUGCAUUCCCCCAGCCGCAACAAUUCCCGCAAGCCAUGCCUCCUAACCUCGGCGCCAUGUUCUCCCAAAUGGGACAGAACCAGCAACCCGCUGCUCCCUACUAUCAACAACCCAACUAUGAUUACGAUGAUCCAGAGCGUAAGCGGGGUCGCGACGCCGGUCACUAUGACGAAUUCGACCCAUCAUGGAGCCGCUCCAAACGAACAAAGAGCACCGACAAGCCUUACAAGGUAGGACUUGUUGCCUGCAAAUUUUGGGCUGAAGGCAUGUGUCGCAAAGGUGACAACUGCACUUAUCGUCACGAUCCGCUCUGA